AAGACAAUGAUUCCACCGGGGGAGUGCACAUAUGCAGGCAGGAAGAGGAGGAAACCUAUACAGAAGCGGAGGCCUGCCAUGGGGGCUGAGACAUCAAACCCCUCCAAGCGGCACCGGGACCGCCUCAACGCAGAGCUGGACCACCUGGCCAGCCUGCUGCCCUUCCCGCCCGAUGUCAUCUCCAAGCUGGACAAACUUUCUGUCCUGCGCCUCAGUGUGAGUUACCUCCGGGUGAAGAGCUUCUUCCAAGCCGUGCAGGAGACUUGCACCCUCUCACCUGGAGACAGCCCACAAGGAGGGGCCCCCGUGCAGGAGGGGCAGCUGCUUCUGGAGUCUCUCAAUGGCUUCGCUCUGGUUGUGAGUGCAGAAGGGAUGAUAUUUUACGCAUCGGCCACGAUUGUGGACUAUCUGGGCUUCCACCAGACAGACGUAAUGCACCAGAACAUUUAUGACUACAUCCAUGUGGAUGACCGCCAGGACUUCUGCCGGCAGCUCCACUGGGCCAUGGACCCACAACAGGCGGGGUGUGCACAGCCCCCACACAUGGAGGCAGACGACACGAUCCUGGGGAGGUUGCUCAGGGCCCAGGAAGGGGGCAUGGGCUCACCCACUGAGUUCUCAGCCUUCCUGACACGUUGCUUCAUCUGCCGCGUACGCUGCCUGCUGGAUAGCACCUCCGGUUUUCUGACGAUGCAGUUUCAAGGAAAACUAAGAUUCUUGUUGGGGCAGAAGAAGAAGGCGCCGUCGGGAACGGCCCUGCCCCCACGGCUCUCACUGUUCUGCACUGUGGUGCCGGUCCUCCUGCCCUCCGCAGCGGAGACGAAAAUGAAGAGUGCAUAUCUGAGGGCGAAGCACCGGGCAGAGGUGGCAGCCAUGACGGACACAAGGGCAAAAGCGACCAUGAGUCUGUGUGAACCAGAACUUCACAGAAAACCCAGCUACUUAGCAGGAAGGACCAAUGGUGAAAAUAGCAUCUCAGCAUUCAGGGCACAAACAGAUGCCUGCCACUGGGCCCGGGUCCCAGCCAGGGCUCGGUGCCACUGCUUCAGAGGUGGCAUAGACCUCAUCCUGGAUUCCAAGGGGGCAACAAGGGACAGAGAUGAAACAGAACAGGAGAGGGUGCUGAAUGGCUCCACAGGAGGGAGGACACGGAGGGAGAUGCAUGUGUACAAUUGCCGUCCAGACACACCGGCACCCGGAAGAUUCCAGAACUGGACGACAGAAAAGUGUGAGCAGGAUGGUGGCACCAAGCUGAAGCCGCUGCCGGGCAGGAGUGAGCCCCUUUCCAUGUGUGCAGCAUCCCCAGGCUCCUGCCUGCCUCACCCAGGCACUGAGGGCAUGUUCAGUGCCAGCAGCCUGGCUACCUUCAGAAAUCCUCCAGGCCAUGUCCCCAGCACCUACUGUGGCCGGAUGAGCAGAGCCUGGCGGGAUGUCUAUCAGGGCCAGGCGCCCCUACCCACUUACCGCACCAGAGCACAGCGUUUCACCUCUGGAGGCUACUGCACAGAGGACUCAAAGCCUGCUGGCCUGCCGAUGCCCCCUGGUGCCACAUGCAAUCCCCUGCUGGCACUGGAGGUACCAAUAAAGAUGGAAAAUGACUCGGAGUCGGAGGACAUAGCAGAAGACUGCACCCCUAGCCAAGUGUGGCUGGGAGCCAGUGAUAUCACCAAGAGACAUCUGGUCACUUUCCCCACCAGGAUGCACCUGAAAGCAGAGCCAGAGUGCAGGCACCAGGUCUACAGCCAGCCCCUCAGUGUGGGUGUGCUUGCAGCCCACCCUCAGAGUAAGGUCACUGCUGGGCCCUACCAGGAGCUGGCCCCGUCUUGCCCUGCACACAACUCCUGUCUGGAGCUGGGGUCGUCCCGCCACUUCUGCACCCUGGGCCACAGUGAGUGCAGGGCACCAGAAGUCACACCAGUGGUCAAGCGUGAGCCCCUAGACUCACCCCCGUGGGCUGCAACUGGCCAGGGUGCUGUACCUGGAGUCUUCCCCAAAAGUGCUUCUGCUGUGAGGAUUCCACCCAGUGCCCCCGAGGCUCCUUUUAUGCUGUAGAGCUACUGCCACAUCCUCCUGGAAACACCUGCAGCCAUCUCAGACCUGGGUUCCCAGCCCCUCGACAGGGGACAUGAUCUAGUGACACCCUUUGCAAUUUCAGGAGUGCAACCGGUGACUGAGCCUAUGUGGGGGCACAAGCAUUCUGAACUUGAUAUCAUGAAAGUUCUUACAUACAGCCUAUUCAAGUAGGACAGCAUUUCCUUGAAGAAUUAAAAUGAUUAAGGAAGCAGCCAACAGUAUCCAGUGCCCAAAGGGCAACAAGCCCUGUCCUGAGGAAGUUGCUGGCUUCUGAGCUCUCUGCCACCCCCACCUGUGCCAUAUGGCAGCCAAGGGAUGCCAGAUGGCAGCACAGCAUAACCAGGAAGAGAACCCCAUAAGGGAAGCUGGCAUUGAGUCCACCAUGGUGCAACCUAAAAAGUUCCAGUGGGACAAGGGUGCCACCCCAGCUCCUGUCCCUCCCUACAGUGCUCCCAGUCAGUUUGAGGCCACCCUCAGCAUAGAGGUGGACAGGGUAAUACCUGUUCCUUGUUUCCCAUGGCCUAUGAACAGCUCUGGUGUGUCUUUGUUCCCGACACAUCAUGCAGUGAGGCUCACAGCAUCAGGCAGCAGACACAGAGAAGAGAUCAAGUGGCUGGGACCACAGUGCUUUCCAGUGGGGACCUCACCAUCACCCUAUGAAGACUUAGACAGACAGGUGUCUGCUAUGCCUUAAAAAUUGUAGUGGAAGGCAAUCCACUAUGACAGUAGGAAACUUGGAUUUAAAGCAUGCCUCAGAAAAGGAGGUUGCCACAUUCACCCUCGAGGUAGCUUACAGCUGGUGGCACAACUAGCUCCCUAUGGGUGGCUUUGCCCUCCUUAGUGUAGGGCUCCCACAAGCAGAGGUAUCCAGUAGCAAGGCUGUCAUCUCUUCAGCACAGCUCUCCCUGUGGCUUGGGGGGCCAGGGAUCAGCCCAUUUACUGUGGAACCUGUUUGGCAGAUACACGUUCACCUUGUCACAGAUUGGCUUGGGUUGGUAGGAUGUUAUCUGCCCAGCCCCUGAGCUGCCUUUCAGGAAGACUCAUGGUGAGCCCAAGAGGGGGCUGAAGAUGAUCACACAGGCCCAGGUUCAAGAGACUGGUCAUUCAAGGACUCUCACAUCUUUGCCCAGACCACAGUAGGCUUCAAAAGUGACACAGGAGCUGUGCUGUCAUAAGUGUUAUGCACACUCAUGCCCUCCACCUCCACCAGCAUCUCUCUCACCUGAAGCAGAAGUUGGGAUGGUGGCCCAGUCCUGGAAGCUGGCACCUGCCUUGCCUCCCUUCCUUCUUGCUGGCCCAGGAUCUCCUUGCACCCCAGUUUCCUUGCAAAUAUAUCUGAUAUCUGCUCUCUGGACAUUUAUGGAAUGAGUGCUAAGGAGUGGGUUUCAGAAUCAUCCUCCUUCCCAGCUCUAACCCAGUGUCCCACACUAGACCAUGGAGAGCUCUGUAUGUAUUCAGACCUGCUGCCCCUCGCAGAAGGCAUGGCCAAGAGUGUGUGACAUUGUGCUGCCUUUCCAGAGGGUGAGGCUGAAUCCCUGUCCUCAGACUGCCUCAUCAUAAGUACUGCUGCCCAGGCUCGCCCUGCACAAAGCAGAUGAGGGGCAGAGGGUACAGCAGACAGCACUGCAUGUAUGUAAUAUGUCCAACACUGCAUGCAUGUAACAUCUGGUACUGCACAUGUGUAGCAUUCUGGCAGUGCACGUGUGUACCGUGUCUAGAGUGUUGGGAAUUGAAAAAACCUGAGACCAGGAAGGUGGAAUUAAGAGACAUCCUUGUAAGUCUGCCAAAGGUAUGUGACCAAAGGAGAGCUGCAGACUCCUAAAGCCCAGAGAUCCCUGCUGGCCAGGCCACUCUGCCUGCCCUGCCCCAUCCUUUCACAUAUGCCUCAACUGUGCCCCUUGACAGGACAGCAGACCCAGGACAAGCUGUGAGCUGCCUGCAGGCCAUGCUUGGUGGACAAUGAGCCUGGCAUCUGGACCUCAGUUCUGCAGGCUUGGAUGCCGUAUCAUACCACGGGCCUUGGACACACAGGGCCAGGGCUGCAUCCAGGCAGCAGAUCCCCUGGUUCAGCAUCUUUGUGGUUAGGUGCCGUAUGCCUCCUGAAAACUCAUGUGGGCAGGUGAUGAUGGGUGUGCAAGGUGCAGCUUCUGCUUCAGGGUGUCACUGUUAGCACUAACUCCAGGCAAACGCUUUCCUGUGGUGUAUAGUUUCUGCCUAAAUAGCUGAGUGUCAAAAUCAAAUAUAAUGUGGAGGGGGAUGAAAGGGAGAAUAAAUACAAGUUAUAUCUUAUGUUACAGUUGCUACUACAAGAAGAUUAGUGUCCAGACUGGCCUAGUGAAGUCUUA